AAAAACCUAAAGAACGAUACCAAUAUAUUAGCAACUAUGUUUUGGAAAAAGCUUUAAUAAGAACUGCAUAUAAGAUAUGUUGUCCAGAAAUUAAAGUCAGAACAUUGCUUUGCAAUACUUAUCAACCAAAUAACAAAAAAAAACGAAUAACUCUAAGUCUAGAAGAAUAUCAAAAGUUUGUUGAAGACUCAAAAUCGGUUGAAGAAUUAAAAAUAAAAAUUCAAGAAACAAAAAUUCAAUUGGAAAUUGUAACGAAACCAAUAUCUGCAGAUAACAAUACUUUUGUACAAUUUUUCAAUGAUAAAAUUCAACGUCUUGCUACAGUAUUGUAUAAUCAUCAACAUCAUGAAGGAAACAAACCGGUUUUAGAUGUAGAUGAAUUUACAGAUUUAAUUGAAAGCCGAGAUCCAAAUCUUUGUGAUUUUUUUAAUCUUAUUUUUCAAUCCAUGAAUCUCAAUACAAAAGGAAGGCAAACAAAAGAAUCGUUAAAACGAAAAGUUAUGCUACUUUGUUAUCAAAUGGCAGCAUUACAAAACAAACAAGUUAGUGAAACAAAAAAUGUUAUUGGACUUUAUAUGGCUGGUACUGGUAUGUCAACUGUUGGCAUUAAUACCCUUUCAAAUAUGGAUAAUUAUCAUGAUUUACAUGAAUCUCGUAUCCCAAGUGUAACUUCUAUUAAUCAAAUUUCACAUAUGGCAACUAUUUUACUUAAUACAAAUAAUAUUUCACCAAUUCCAUUAUCAUCUGCUUUUCAUAAUCCAAAUGGUGUUGAUACCAACUUACUUAAACAAGCUCUUAAUUUACAAUAUAUGACAGGAUUUUCAAUCAGUUACAAUACACAAAAAUUUAAUUGGAGUUCAAUAAAAGAUGUUACAACAUUAAAUGAAUUUGAUCUAGUAGAAACUUUAGUUGUCCAUUACUAUGAUGCAGAUUUAUCUGAAAAACAUGUUCGAAGAUUUGAUACAACAAAACUUGUAGAUUUUAUACCAUUAGAUUUAAAAAAUAUGAAUAAUUAUAUAAAAGCAUUAACUAAA